CAGCAAGCAAACCUGUCGAUAAACCGUUCCCGUGUUGAUGUAUACGCGCCAUUUUUAUUUUUUUAAAUUCUAUUUUAGUGGACGUUAAAUAAAUUAGAUAAAAUUAAUUAUAAAAAAAUGUGACAAACUCUUAAAUUUUGAAUUUAAAAGUGAAGAAGAAUAAAUUUCUGACCCCGCGCCGUUUCCAUAGUUACAGUUAUAUAUUCACAAUGUAGAGACACGAAACGCAGCGAUCCAUAUACAUGAAGUUACCAACACACGUUGAUCAGCUUUGCUAUAGUCGAUGCUCCCUUGCUUUCAUCUGUUUGCCUUAUACCACAUUAUAUAGGGACGUAAAAUAUUAGUGUUUUUAAGGGUUUCGGUUCGGUUUUUAUUUAAUCAACACACAUUUGGAUAUUACGAAAUGAUACAAGGAGAAUGAAUCAACAACGGGGCCAUAACUCGAAAUACUUCGAAGGGACUUCUUUGAAUACAUCUGCUCAACCCAAAACUAACGCUCCAAAUUUUGAAAGGAAGGGAUUAUGAAAUGAAGGUAUUAUAGGUCCACUUGAUUUCGCGUGAGAGACACGUUCAAUAAUCAAUAACAGUAGAAAUAUUUGAUAAUUUUCAAAUCCUACUUUGAAAAAAAAGCAAUUCUGACAGUUGGUUAUUCCAAAAAGUCAUUAAAUAGAAGAAGAGGAAGAGAAGAAGAAGAAGAAGAAGAAAGAGGAAAAAGAAGCUUUAAAUCUUUGAAGAACGUGUGGUUUAUGAAACCCUGUCUGUCAAGGAAUUUUUCAGUGCAAUAUUAAAUUGAUAACUUACAAUAAUGUGAAAGAAUAUUAUGGACGGAAUUAGAGGAAUCCUGUGACAUUAAAUUUUAAUCGUCUUUGGUGAAAUGGAGACAAAAAUUGACAUACUUCCUUCAAACGAAUCAAAAAAAAUUUCCACAGUGUUGACCACGGAUUUAGAUAUUAUAACAAAGGAAAGAGAGGAAGAAUUAUUAAAUGAUGAUGAGGAUAUUGAUGAAGACGGAGCACUAUCCGAUGACAGUUUACGUUUGAAAUUGUCCGAUGACGAUGAAGUUGAACAGGACGAUGUUGAUUCAACUGAAUGUUCUUAUAAACAACUAAAGGAAGAAGAAUCUAAUGAGGAUAAGAAGUACAAAGAAAAAUUUGCCACAAGUGAAGAAGAAAAAGAUUCACAGCAGGAAGAAUUUUUAUUGCUAGAAAAUACUGAUCUCAAGAAAAAGCAGUCAAGUGAGGGAAAAUCAGAAGAUAAUUUUAAUAUCAAUCAAGGCGAAUUAAUCGAUGAAUUGAGCGAAUCCGUUAAUUUAAAUUCUACAGAAAUUGCACAUGAUCCAGAGAAUCAAGAAAUAAUAAUGAACGGAAACGAUCCACGAUUUUAUCCAAAUUCAAUUAGGCCAAUAUUCGAGAAUCGAUGGAGUCCAUCAAAUCAUCGUAUGCGAAUGGGUUUUAAUAGUCGUCCACCACUGCCUCCUCAUCAAAGAUAUUAUCCAAAUAGUAAUUACAAUAAUUCCGACAUGACGGACUUGAGAUAUUACAAUAAAUACAAACAUUACAAUAGGGUUAGAGGAACGGGUGGUAAACAUUAUCACUAUAAACAAAAAUCGGGAGAUAAGAAGAAUGAUGUUUCGACGAAUGACAAGGGAAACGAUGAUAAACUCGAUUAUACUGCCGAUGAUGAUCUUCUGAAAAGUGUAGAAGAGAAAACGGAAGAAAAGGAAUCUGGUGAGAAAGAAUCUAUCGAAAAUGAUAAAGGGGAGAAUACUGAUCCUAAGGUUGACGAAAUCAAUUCUACCGAACUCGAGAAAAAUGAUAACGAAAAGGAGAAUAUUGCCGAUUCGCAGGAAUGCGAAAAUGUCAAAAGUGUUACAACCGAAUCCACCGAGGACGAUCUUCCCGAUUCAUUGAAAUUAGAUGACGAAACGCCCGUUCAAAGUCCGGAGAAAUCACAAAUUAAUGAAGCAAAUCCGACGAUAUCUGCACCAACGAACGACGAUGAUUCUCAGGAAGAAUCAACUAAAAUAGUUGAUAAUGCCACUGAAAAAUCCGAUUGCAGUGCCGUUGCUAGUGAUAAUAACGAUAAACUCGAUAAUAUUAAAGAAUUAGAUAAAGAAAUUUCUGAAAACGUACAGACUGAAUUAAAAUUGAAUGAUGAGAAGGAAAUUAGUGAGAAAAUAGAUGAAGACUUACCGAAAAAAAGUAACGAUGAAAUGGAUGUGGAGGAGGAAGAAAAUAGUCCAACGUCGAAGAGGGAAGAAAUUAAUGUCUUGAACGAAGACUCCGGAUCGACAAUGGACAACUUGCCAAAAGUCUAUCAGUGUCUAGAGGAAAUCGCAAGUAUGGAAGCUUCGAGAAUUGCCGAAGAAAUGAAGAAAGUUGAGAAAAAAUCUCAAGACAGUGAAAUCGACACUGAGAGUAUAAAAUUAAAAUUAUCUCAAGGUUGUGAUGACACCGAUGGUGAAAAUCAGUCCGAAUCGAAAAUUCCCCCCGAGGAAAAUGAUAAAUCGAACGAUAAACUGAUUGAGAAAAAAUCGGCAGAAAUUGAUGAAAAUUCGAUAGACACUGAAGGAGUAAAAGAACAAAUUGAUAAAGAUGAUAAUAUCGACGAGGAAGAAAUGUCGAAUCUAACAAUUGAAUCCACUGAAUCAGUGAAUUCCUCCUCGAAAAAUAAUGCCGACGAUAAAGAAUCGAUUGAAAAAAUGAAUUUCGACGACAACGCCUGUCAUCCGAAUGAAGAUUCCAAAGAGACAAAUGUCAACCCAACCGAAGUGACGAAAGAAAAAUAUACAAACAGUCUUUACGAUUCUUUACUUGUCAAGAAAAGUGAUAUAAUUAUGGAAGAUAUUAGUAGUGAUAAAUUAGAUGCCAGCAAUGACGUUAGUAAUGACAUUAGCAACGAUAUUAAUUACGAUAUUAGUAACGAUAUUAGUAACGAUGUAAGUAACGACACAAAUGUCGACGUCCAGAUAAAAUUGAGCGAAGAAGAAGAAGAAGAAGAAGAAGAUGAUGAUGAAGAAAGUAAUUCACAAAAUUCUGUCGCAGUUGAAAAAGAGAAAAAUCAACAAAUCGAUGUGAAAUCCCCACAAGAUGAAGAAUCUACAAUCGACGAAAUUGAACCUACGAGUGAUAAAUUAGAAGCAAGCACAACAAAUAUUGAGAAGAUUAAGGAAAUUAUCGGUGUUCAAGAGGAGAAAAUGAUUGUUGACGAUAGUAUCGAUGAGGAGAGUGAGGCUUCCAAGUCGGAAAAGAAAGAAGAAGAGACGGAGAAAAAUUGUGAUGUUGAAAGUUCGAGUGAAAAAGUUGAAAAAUCCACGGAUGUCACAAUGAAAGAUGCAGAAAAAGAACAGAAGGAAAAGAAGCAGGAAAAUUAUCUACGACUGAAAUCGCAAACUGAUGAUACAUUAUUUGCGCCAAAAACAUCUCCGGUUGAAAAUAAAGAAGGUGAAACGAGUGUUCGACAAAAGAGAAGAACGGCAAAAAAUGCCGAGGAACUUAUUAAAACGAAAUUCUUGAAAAGUGACAGCGAAGUGGACAGUGAUGAUUCAGGAAAAUACGUUAGUGUUAAUUACAAGAAACCAAAACUCUCGGUUAAUGCAUCUUCAUCCUUGUCGCCUUCGACAUUGAAGCGAAAUCUCGGCGACGAUGAGGACGACGUUGACAAUGAAAUUGAUUCCCUAGACAGACAAGUGACUGUCAAAAAAUUAAAAAUGUCCGUUGACUCACCGAAAAAAUCAUCAAACGAAUCUCUCUUCUCGUUCAAAAAAGAUGUUAAAAGGGACAUAACCAAGGAUAUCAAAAAUAUUGGCGAUGUAAAGGAUGCAAAGGACACAAAGGACAUAAAAAAGGCAAAGGAUCAAGAGUCCAUUCGUAAUCUUGUUCAUGUUCGUAAAUUUUUCCAACGCGACAUUAAAGGAAAAUUGAAGAAAUUAAAACAAGAGGAAUUGGAAGAAUUACUUAUUCAGAAGAUUGUUGAAACAAUUACAAUGGCUAGUGAAAUUGGAAAAUUACGAGAACAAGCGCGUUUAUCGGAGAAAAAUCAGGAGGCAACGCGUGCCAGAUGUCAACAGCUCGCUAAACAAAUUCAGGACUUUGAAAUGGUUCUCAAGCGCAAUGCAGCCGAUAGAAGUUCGUCUAACGAUAAAUUUGUUGCUCCAAUAAAAAUUAAUCGAUCUGUUGGAUUGCAAGUUAAUUUUAUAUCGGAUCAGGGAAUGCAGAAUAUGAGGCAGAUUCAACAGAAUGCGAAAACUGCAUCAAUGUCAAGUUCCUCAUCAUCAACCUCAUCGUCCAGUGAAGUUGGUACGCCACAUCCGAGGAAGGGAAUAAAAGUGCGAUCGCCUAGACGAAGCGAGAAUAUCCCAUCUGUUGGUCCACCACCACUAAGCACCAUCCCAUCACAAGCACAGAUUCAACCUCCAAUUAUCGCAAAUCCAGUAACACCGGCUGCUUUAGUCUCAACGAAAACUGUUUCUGUUGAAUCUGUAUCUCGCACAAUGCCUCUGCAAUCGAUUAACGCACAACAGCCAGUGAUAUCGAAUGUGAAUAUCCGUUCACCGAAUGUGGCGCAACCUGCAAGCCGUAAAAAAUUAAAUAUGAUACAAGGACUUCAGCAAGUUCAACAAGCUGUUAUUCUUAAUGGAAAUCUUAACGCAAACCGAGUUCCAAACACAACUCCAAUUACCGUUCAAAAAGCAAAGGCCAAUAAUGAUCUCAUUGAUCUUACUGAUGAGGAGGAGAAAACGAAGACCACUGUGAGUACUCCGAUUGUGACAACUGCGACGAUUAUAUCGAAUCAUCCACAAGCGCGGGGAAACAUUAUUCAAAGUAAUGCAACGUCACACUAUCAAAGAGUUAUCCAAGCCAUUCCUACCAGUGUUGCUCUCUCAGGACAAACUACCAACAUCAGGGUGGUUCAACCUAAUAGUCAAACAACGCCUACUGCCUUAGUGAAUAAUAUAAAUGCGUCCAGAAUGUUUGUGAUGCAAAGUGGCGGACAACCAAGACAAAUAUUAAUUACCAACCCUAAUUCGAUAAGACAAAAUACUUCUAGUGGUAAUAGGAACCAAUUUUCGACAAUUACGUAUAAAACAGCGAAUGGAAUUCCAGCUACUGCAAAUGGUACUUUAAGACUUGUAACGACACAAGCAACUGUAAAUGCUCAAAUAACCAAGCAUCCUGCACCAUUACCAGAUUCUGCACCAUGUGAUAAUAAUCCAAAUUGGAAAUUACCUCCUCCUGCCCCUUCGCUCAAGAUCUCGAAAGUAGCUUCCGGAAUAGUCUUGUCUUGGAAUAUGACACUGUCUGAAAAGCAUGCGGAGAUAGUUAGUUAUCAAUUAUUUGCCUAUCAGGAAGUAAAUGGCACGCCGCCUAGUACAUUACUUUGGAAGAAAGUUGGCGAUGUUAUGGCGCUCCCAUUGCCAAUGGCAUGUACAUUAACUCAAUUUUCUGCGGGCAACAAUUAUUACUUUGCUGUUCGAGCCGUUGAUUCACAUUCCAGACUUGGACAGUAUAGCUUACCAGGGAAUAUUUCUUUGUAGAAAAAAUAAAGGGAAGAAAGAACACGAUACAUUUUAAAAAUUCUUCUCAUAAUAAUAAAAAAAAAGUCUUCUUAAUAUUUAUCUCUAAUUUUAUAUUAAAAAUAACGGACUGAAUGAUUUUUUGAGUUUUGUAUGUUUAAUGCGUGAUUUGUAUAUUAGUUACUUUAUUAAUUGAGUUUCAAUAUAGAAAAAAUUAUUAAAAAAACAAAUAUAUUGUCACUUAAUUUUUGAAUGUUCUAAAAUAGAAAAAUCUUAGAGAUAAAUUGAUAUAAAGAAAGAUAAAUUUUUUUUUCUCUUCAAGGAAUUUAAAAAAAAAUGUACGAAUGGAUUUUUAAGUAUGACUUAAAAAUAGUUAUCGAAUUUAAAACGAAUGCAUAAUAUAUCCAUAAGAAUAAUUCUAAGAUUCUCAUUGCCGUGUAAGAUUUUUAGUCAAUGAAUCAAUAACAAUAAAAAUAAUUUGAAUUAA